AGGUAGGUAGGUUGGUUGGUUGGUUGGUUGGUUGGUUGGUUGGUAGGUUGGUAGGUGUUACACUUGUUACAAAACCAGGAUUUAUCCCAGCGACUUCUAUUUCUACUCCUAAAUCAGGUUAUCAUUGAGAGAAAGUCUUUUCUUCAAGAUAAGGAUAUGGAGAAAAAAAUACCAAAUGGGGCUUCCUGCCUGGAGGUGUUGGUGGAGUCUCCAUGGACUCCAAAGAAAAAUAUCUUUGGGAACGUUUGUCUUGGUGAAGAGAUUGAGGAGGAGAUUGAGGAGGAGAUUGAGGAGAUGGAAGAUCAAAUUGAGGAGGACAUCAAAGAGGAAGUUCAGGAGCUUCCAGGAGAAGCUGGAAAGAAACUUGACGAGGCUGACAAGGAAAUCAUAGAUGAGGACCAGGAUCGGUCCUGUGUCUCCAGCAGUCAAAAAUACUCCGACACGUUCCCCUCUUACACGUACGAAACAUCUGUGCGAUCAAAGGGGCCCUCUAGCUUACAGAAGGCACUGGAGGUGGAGAGAAAAACCAAAGAUGCUCUUGAAGAAGCCUUGGAAAAGGCAGCAUCAGCCAAAGCUCAACAGAGAGAAGCGCUGAAGAUGGAGCAAAAAGAGAAAGACACUCUUGCAAAGAAUCUGAAGAAGGUGAAGGCUGAAAAAGACACUCUUGCAAAGAGUCUGAAGAAGGUGCAAGCUGAAAAAGACAGUCUUCGUGUUGAACUUGGGUUCAUGAAAACACAAGUCGCUGAUUUGAAGAAGUCACAGAAGGAGCUCCAGCUAAGAAAAGCAAAGCUGAAACAAGAAAAUGCAGAAAGCACAGCUGAUCUGGAAAAGUACAAGACGGUGAUUGAGAAGCUCCAGAGGGAUCUGGAGGCGUCCUCUGGUCUGCACAAAGAAGCAGCAGAGCGUGACGCGGUCGAAAUCAAGGCACUAAGAGAGAAAAGUCGGCAGAAAGAUGAUGAAAUUGAAUCCAUGCGCUUCACUAUUCAGAAUCUCCAAAGCAGCGUUGAAGCCAAGGACAACGUUGUUUCCUCACUGCAAGGGACAGUUGACCAGUACGCUUCUGACCUCAGAGAUGAGAGAUCAAGAAAUUGUGACCUCCAGAGGGACUGCGAGGCUGCUGUCUGCCAGCAGAAGAAGCAAGCAGAGGAACUGGACCUCCUGACUCAGAAAAACCGGCAACUGGCUUCUGACAACAAAGGGCUGCAAGAUGAACUCAGGGCUGCCCUAAACAAGAGGCAGCUUGAUCAAAAGCAGCUUCAGGAAGACGCAGAGGCUUGCAGCAGACUUGAAAAAGAGAUUGAGAAGGAGAAGGCUCGCUACUCCAGAGCACAUAAAAAGACACAAAAGCAAAAGCAAGAACUUCACGAGAAAACUCUGGCUUUGGAAAAGAGUCUGACUGCCGAAAAACAUUUAAGAUCUUCCCUGGAAACUGAGCAGGAGCGCUUUAAGCAGGCUUCAGUCGAUUCUCUAGCAAACCUCACAAACCAGCUGAGGCAAGCAUCUGUGCUGUCGGCGCAUCUGGAAUAUGAAAUGCAGACGCUGAAGAUGGAGAACACAGAUAUCACAGCUAAAUUGAGGGCAAUGGAGACAGAAUAUGAGAGACUAAAAUCCAAACACUUUUCUCUCUCUGAGCGCCAUGAGGAGUUAAUGUCGAAGAAAAAUGAGACCAUCUCUGAGAGUCAGUGUGCCAAUGCUAAGCUUCAGUGCAUAGUUGAUGAACUCAAAGCAGGACAGUUAGACAGCAAGACAACACAGGUGGAACUCAGAAACGCCCUGAAACAGCAGAGGGCAAGUAACUUAGAGUUACAACAGAGAGUAGAUCAGAUUUCUUCUGCUCUGAAAGAAGAAAGGAUCACCUGUGAGAAGCACCGUGUCGAGCUCAAGGCAGCUUUGACCAAACAGAUUGAAACUCUGGAGGAAAAGCAGAAAUUUGCCGCGGCCCUCCAGCAAACUCAGCACAGCUAUUCCUGGCUUCAGGAACAACAGAUGCAAAAGUCAAAGUUGCAGUCUGGACACACCGGUGACACCGAUUUCAGGGUCCACCAACUGCAAACUUACCAUGAUGAGACCACAAGGGCUCUUCACCACCUGCAGAAGGAAUACACUGAUCUGGCGAGGACUCACAGUGAUAUUAAUUCUGACUAUCGUAAGCUGUUAAAAAGUCACACUCAUCUCCAGAUCAGAUAUGAGAGGCUCAGCAAAGAAUAAGACCAGAGUUCAGGGCACAGUAGCUUGUCCCUGAACUCAUGAGCCCUAACCCUUAACCAUUGUGGGUUCUCUCCGGGUGCUCCGGCUUCCUCCCACAGUCAAAAGACAUACCAAAAAAAGUAAGGUUAAUCGGUUAGUCUAAACCUCAGGGUCAGGGGUGGGUGUUCAGGUACAUUAUCGUUAUGAUUUGAUAUUCCGUGACGACCACCGACUUCAACUACAGUGAAGUUUCUACAGACAGAAGCAUGGCUGUGCCAUGGGCACAAUCUGCAUCAACAAUUUAAUAGUUUAUAAUUUCUUCUGUUGGUGACAUCGUAGGCUGAAGAUUCUUAUUUCCAGGUGCACCAGACUUAGUAGGCAUUUUAGUUGAAAUGCUACACAAAGUUAAUUGGUCAGUGAGGUACACGAGGACAACAAAUAGCUAAAAGUAGAGAAGGACGUUUCAACCACAAAUAUUCUGGAAAGGAUUGAAACACCUCAGGCAUUAAACAAAAUCAUCUCUUCUUAGUGCUUUAUUUGUUGGCUUUUACCGGUAAUAUUUAUGGUGCUAUAGACUGUCAUCAAGGCCAGCAGAUCCUCUCACGCAUUCUUCAUCUCUCAUAAUUCAAACACUACUUGAGAGAAUUGAUUCAAUUUGUGUCUGUGUAGAUGGGCAUUUGAUUUAAAAAGUAAAAAACAAACAAACCCAUAAA